GAUGUAUUUAUAAUUCCUUCAAAUUCAGAAAUUGAUGUGAAUGAGGAGAAAAGGAAGUUUACAGUAGAAGAAGGAGAUCAUAUAACAUUAUUGAAUGUAUUCAAUGCUUUUAUCACUCGUGGAAAGAAAUCAGCGAGAUGGUGUCAUGAACACUGCUUAAAUUUUCGCGCGCUUUCGCGAGCAUUAUCCAUUCGUCAACAAUUAAAAAAAUUUCUUGACAGAUUCGAAGUACCAAUAGAGUCGUGUGGUAAUGAUACUGUUAAAAUAAGAAAAUGUCUUAUUAGUGGUUACUUUUCUCAGGCUGCCAAAAUGAUGCCAGAUGGGUCUUUUAGGACUAUUAGGGAUAAUGUUGUACGUCUUAUUAAAUAUUAA